GUUAUUAAUGAUAAAGAUGAUCUGAAAUUGAGUCCAGAACAAGGAUUAUUAUACAAUAGUUUAGAUGACGCAGGAAGAGUUGCAUUAUUGGAUAUACUUAAGAAAGAAAGAAACGAAGGAAAGGAAGAAGGCAGGGAAGAAGGCAGGGAAGCAGGAAGGGAAGAAGGAAUGAGGGUAGAGCGUAGAAGAGGAAGAUUUUACGUAAACUUAGUUAUUGGUUUUUUAACCAUAGUUGCUGCUGCACUGAUCCAAGACGAAACUAUAAUUAAAUAUAAAACUUUAUUAUUAAAUACACUUGUUCAUGGAGUUCAACUUUUUUGGGCAGGAGUGGAAGCCAUAAGAGAGAGUUCUAAUAAGAACUUAAAAUAUUAUAUUUGUACACUCCUGCCCUUAUUAUCCGGAAUAUUCGUUGUUACUAUUCUUUCAACUACCUCUAAUCUUUUAAGAGAUUAUUUUUUGUAGCCGCAGGUGAUCAAAUAAACUUCUCAGACGCCCCAAAAAAAAUUCUGCGUAAAUCAUGUGACCAUCACAUAUCACAUGAUUGUGAUUAAAGAGUUACUUAAACUUUUAUUAAAGUUUCGCUUUUCCACUUUCAAUAUGAAUAUUGUAACUACUAGUAAUUUACAAAGAUGUAAAAAUGUCGAAAAAAUUUACCUCUAGAAUUUGCAAUGCUUUCUUUUAUUAUGUAAUAAAUUGAUUACCAAUUGAAUUCUUUUUAUCGAUCGUAUUAAAAGUGACUUAGAUUUAAUUGAAGGUAGAGCUUAGGGUUAGGUUAGGGUUAGUU